AUGAUGAACAUCAGAAAAAAACAAGUUAUGGAAAGAGUUCAUGUUAUUAAACAAGUGUUUGAAAUAAUUAAAUUUAUCGGAAAACAAAAUUUAUCCUAUCGAGGUACUAAUGAAGGCUUAUACGAUCUUGAAGACCUGAAUAUUAACCAUGGGAACUUUUUGGAGCUUUUAAAAUUUACUGCAGAAAAUGAUACUGUUUUAAAAAAAUAUUUAACUGAAGCACUUCAACGUAGCAAAAAACGCAGAGAAAAUGUUGAAUCUAAUUCUAAAGGUAGAGGCUCUUUAAUAACCUUAUUAUCAAAGACAACAGUAAAUAAAAUAAUAGAAGCUAUAUUAGUAACUAUGCGGAAAAUAAUAAAGAAUGAAUUAGGUGAUCGGCAAUUUAGUAUUCAGGUUGACAGCACUCAAGAUAUAGGAGCUAAUGAUCAAGCAGCUAUUUGUUUGCGUUAUGUUUUCAACUCAAAAGUCAAAGAACGCCUGUUUAGUGUGGUGGAGGUAACAGACUCUUUAGGAAAGGGAAUGUAUGAGCUCAUCGCCAAAGUCUUUUCUAAGCAUGGAAUUCUUUUCAAAAAUAUUAUUGGAUCUUCUUCUGACGGUGCUGCUAAUAUGCAGGGGGAAUACAAUGGAUUUCGUGCCCACAUAAUGACGGAAAAUAAAAAUAGUGUGUACAUUUGGUGCUAUGCGCAUAUUUUAAAUUUACGUGUUUGUGAUAUUUGUGGAAAUGUGGCAGCUUUAAGUUUAUUUGGAUUGUUGAACAGACUAGCCACCUUUUUUUCGGAUUCUUAUAAGAGAAUGAAUGUCUGGAAGGAAACACAAGAAAAACUUGGAACUGGUCAAAAAAAAAAUUGCGAAGGCUCCAGAAAAUAG